GGCGGGGCCCGACACGCGUGUGCCGGCAAGCAGCAGCUCAGCGGUUGUCACGCCCAGCCUCGCCCGCUGCGCGCCCCGCGGGGGGUGAGCGGAGCUGCCGCGCAGGCCCAGGCCGGCCCACGCCCCUGGGAGCUCCGCGCUAUGGCGCUGCGGCUGCUGCAGCUGGGCCGAGUGGCGAGGCCAGUGUCACUGUGCAGCUCUUUGAGGAGAACUAGUUCUAGUGUGGAAGGAAAGUCUGAACCUAUCCAGAAAUCCCCUAAGAAAUCAAAAUUACCUGUAGGUCGUCUUGAUGAACCAGAAGAGUCCAAUAGAGAGAGAGAACCACUGGAAAAAUUUCCAGAUAACAUCAAUCCUGCCACAAAGGAAAAGGGUGGACCCAAAGGCCCUGAACCUACUCGUUAUGGAGACUGGGAGAGAAAAGGACGUUGUAUAGAUUUUUAAUGUACAAAUAUAUCUAUAUUGCGAACAGGAUGUUUGAUACAUGUUUAAAAUAUUUAGAUAGAAAAAUUUCUCCUAAUUGUUCCUUUUAAUUCUUAAAUGGAGCUUCUUUUUUGCAACAUGUAUUUAAAGAAUAUCCUGAGAGAUGUUUUCUGCAAAUAAACAUUGCUAGUUAA